CCAUACCAAUUUCACAUUGAAACAAAUUCUCUCAAUUACAGAAGAAUUUCGUAUAUAAGGGAAUUUUCUCUCUCCUUUCCCUUACGGAAUCGGAAAACCCAGGAAAAAGAAACCUUUUUCUUUUGUAAAUUUUCAUUAUAAACACCCCUAUAAAAGGUUUUAACAGCCUUUGUUAAUUUUUUGUUUCUUGGGUAAUUUAUAUUUUUGAAGAUUUUGAUUUCCUUUUCUUUUUUAGAACAAGUAAAAGAUGGGUACAGAAGUUUUGCGGCCACAAAAUUGUCUGAUUGACAGAUUCAGGGAACCUCAACCGUCGACGGUGUUCACUCGCCGGAAAAAUGGAAAUGGGUAUUAUAACAACUAUGGUUACCGGAAACCGGUUGUUAGAACGGAGAAAAAGAAGUUGAACAACAAGAUCCAGAAUCAUAAUCAAAAUCAAUCUGAGCCGUCGAUUUCGAAACCGGUUCAAAUCACCGGCAAAGUUACGCCUACGCAAGCGGACGGAGGAAUCGUUAUGGGUCAGGUAACGAUUUUGAGAAGGGGAGAGUCGUUGGAUUCUCUGAACCCCAAUAUACGGAAAGAGAAGAGCAAAAUGACGUCGAUUAAGAAGAAGAAAGCGGGUAGUGGUAGCGGUGAUGAGUUGACGGUAUACGGGACCGGAAGAUUGGGUCCGGAGCAACCCGAUAUGUUGCCCAAAAAUAUUCGGGUCGGGUUUACGCCGACCGACGUGUAUGCCGGAUCGGCGUUCUCGAAUUCGCCGUCGCCGAGAUCACUUCCUUUACCUUCUUUUUUCAACAUCAUCAACAACAACAACAAGAAGCAAAUAGAAAUCAAGCCGUUUGACGAUUCUGCUAGCAGAGAUUUACGGAGGUUGCUCCGACUCGAGUAGUGGAUCCGACCCGACCCGUUUCGACCCGCUUAUAAUCCUAAACUAGUUGUGGGAGGGACUAUAUAUAUGAUGAAUCCUCUUGCAAAUAUCUAAUUAGUCUUUAAGGUUUGACUUAUAUUACUAUAAAUCUUUAAAAUUCGCCACUAAAUUCUCAAAUUUUGGAAAUUUCAGGAUUCUCCAUGAAUUUUUUUUAUGCACGGAGAGCUGAAAAAACUGAAAUUUGAGAAACUUAGAUUAAGAAAGUGCGAAUAAUUUCUUGUUGUACCUUUUUUUUUUUAAAAUUUACUAUUACUAGGGUAUUUAUGCAAGUCCGGGGAUCAAGUAUGGAAGAGGUUAUUGUAUUCAUAUGGGAAGUAAAGGUGGAGGAGAUUCAAGAUAGGGCAGAGAUGAAUAUGUAUGUAGUAUGUUAAAUGUUGGUGUAUGGGUGAACGAUUCUGAUGAUGGAUGAUGAAUAUUGAAAUGCUUUGUAAAGCUUUUUAUUUUGGAUGUUAAUGAUUAGUAAUCAGAAAAAGCAUGAUCUUAGACUAUA